AAUCCGGCAAAAAGAAAAAUGCCGUCAAGCCAGUGGCUGCUUCUUUCGCCCAUGAGGACUGAGGUUCGCACUCACGAAACUGACCUUCCUUCUUACCUCGAACCCUAACUAAAUGCCUCGACUCCUCUUCCUCCUCGUCAUAUGCAUCGCGUCCUCGGUAUCCUCUCUUCCUCCCCUCUCGGCCGAUUCCAUCAUCCAUCCCGACGACCAGGCGGCCCUUGUCAAGCUCCGCUCCUCGUCGACCGAUCCAAGGUGCAGCCUCUACAGCUGGAAUGGCUCCAAUUGCAGCUCAUGGGCAGGAGUUUCCUGCGACACGGCCACCGGCCGCGUCGUUUCCCUUGACCUCUCCGGCUUUGGUCUAUUGGGUCCCCUUCCCCCGAGCCUCUGCAAGCUCUACCUCAUCCAAACCGUAAUCCUCUCCUACAACGCUUUCUCAGGCGUCAUCCCGCCUUGUUUCGGCCGACUCCACGAACUCGAAACCCUAGACCUUGGCUACAACCGUCUUCGUGGCCCCCUUCCCCCAGAGCUUGCGAGACUCCGCCGCCUCGAGAACCUGUUUCUCCCUCACAAUCCCAGUCUCGGUGGCAAGAUUCCCGAAUGGAUCGGGAACCUUUCAGCUCUUGCAGAACUUGACCUUAGCUCGGAUUCGCUCGAAGGACAAAUUCCUUUGAGUUUAUUUAGCCUGCGCUCUCUUCGAGAGCUUGAUCUUUCUGACAACCGCUUGGCAGGUACGCUGAAGGAUUUCUCCCAGCCACUCGUAUCCCUUAAUCUUGCCGCUAACCAGCUCACUGGAACCCUCCCCUGCUUUUGGGCUUCAUCCACCUCCCUCUCCGUCCUCAACCUCGCCGGAAACUCUAUAGUUGGCGGUAUUCCCACCUGCAUCUCAUCUCUACGCGCGUUAGCCUUGCUGAACCUUUCUUCCAAUGGUAUUGAGUUCAGCAUUUCUCCGAGGCUCAUCUUCUCCGACCAGCUUCUUGCUCUUGAUCUAAGCUCCAACGGGCUCUCUGGCCCAGUACCACGUGGAAUCGUUAAGCACUCUGACCGCUCGGCAUUGCUUCUGCUCAAUCUUUCCAACAACCAACUUUCCGGCGAGAUCCCGCUUGAGAUAACGGAACUGAGAAGCCUUUUAGGGCUUUUCCUCUCCCACAAUCAACUCACAGGGGAAAUCCCAGCUGCCAUCGGUAACCUAACCUAUCUCCAAGCACUUGAUCUCUCCUACAAUUCUCUUUCGGGCCAGAUCCCCAUCAGCUUGGCUGGGUGCUUCCAGCUCUGGCAACUCAAGCUCAGCCACAACAACCUCUCUGGCACACUCAGGCCGGAGCUGGACGCCCUAGACAGUCUCAAAAUACUCGAUCUUGCCAACAACCGGAUCACCGGCGAGAUUCCACUGCCGCUAGCGGGAUGCAAGUCUUUGGAAGUCAUCGACCUGAGCUCAAACAACAUUGCAGGCGAGCUGAGCGGUGCCAUUCUCAAGUGGCAAAACCUCCGUCUUCUCUCCCUGGCGGGUAAUAAACUCUCAGGUGGUCUCCCCGAUUGGAUCUUCUCUUUCCAGUUUCUCCGGUCGCUCGAUUUAUCUUGCAACAGGCUGUUCGGGUUUAUUCCUGGUGGUGAUUUUAAUGUCAGUUUUGACUUCAAUGGAGAUGGCCAUGGCUUUCUACUCGAAGGUGGAGGUCUGACUGGUGAGAAUGUUUUUGUGUGGGCGGUGCUAGAUUUGAAUGGCAGCCGGCAGCUAGAGCUGCAUUAUGAGCUAACCUCUGCUGUGGGUAUAGAUUUGGCGGGCAAUUCUCUUCAUGGAGAAAUACCUCUGGGGCUGGUUGGCCUUAAAGGUUUGGAAUAUCUAAACCUCUCCUACAACCACCUGGUUGGCCGGAUUCCAACCAGUCUCGAUAGAAUGGAGAACCUGAGGAGACUGGAUUUGUCGCAUAAUUUGCUUGCCGGAGAUGUGCCAAUGGGCAUCUCACAGCUGAGGGGGCUUGAGGUGCUGAACCUCUCAUAUAACUGCCUAACAGGCCAGGUUCCGAAGAGGGAAGAGGGCCUGUUGAGGUUCCCCGGAGCAUUUGCCGGGAAUCCUGGGUUGUGUGUGGAGAGCAGUGGGAGAGAGUGUGAGGGAAAAGCUGCAAAGUUGCCUGCUGACAAUGGUGCUAGAGGAAGCGGUGGUGAUCUCCGUGAGGAAGGCUGGAUGUCUGUGGGAGCAUUCUGGGUUAGUGCAGCAACCAGCUUUUAUGUAUCUUCAAUGGGCUUGCUUUGCUUGCCAAAGGUGAGGAUGUAUGUCUUGCAGACAUUUAAGCAGGAGCUUUGAGGUAGUUGAUGCUAUUAACUCCUAAAAGAGAUGGGGAUGUUUGUCAAUCAAUUGCUAAUCUUGUACAUCACUUGCUUCGUUUUUGUUCUUGAAGAAAAAUAUUCUAAGUUAACACUAAUAUGGGGAACUUUUUAUGGGCAUAUUUCUUAAAUCAGCUGAAAAAAAA